UGGCUGAUCAGUGCUGGAAUGGCGGCUUCAUCUACUUGAUCAUGUUGCGCCGAAUCAAGCGCAAGGCCCCACUUCCUCCAUCAAAUGGCAACAACAGUAAGAGCACCGAACCCAAAGCCAGGCCUACCUCCGAGCCCAGUGGGAAAACCACUCAAAAUGGCAAAAGGACAAGAAAGUUUGGGGUCAUUACCAGAACUGUUUCGGGUGGUAAGGACAGUAAGAGUACCUCCAGAACAGAUCAGGAGAAUGGACAUUGCACCCUGGAUGGGUUGCAUUCAGAGGCAUCCAAAACAGAGAACCAAGCGGACGAUCAGCUUCUUACGGAAGACUUCCCUUUUCCAGGAGAUCAUUACCGCUCCCGUCUUUCAGAAGGAGGCAUUCUAGACCUAAACUCCAGUGAAGCAUCCUUACAGAGAGAAGGCUGUCGGAUAUGGAAGAUGACCAUGAUGAAGGGAACCGACGGGCUGGGAAUCCAGAUCACUGGAGGCCGUGGAUCCAAACGCUCCCCUCAUGCCAUCAUAAUUGCCCGGGUGGAAGAAGGUGGAUCAGCUCACAGAGAUGGCAGGCUGAAGGUGGGUGAUGAGCUUCUAAUGAUCAAUGGCCAGUCUUUGGUUGGUCUGUCCCAUCAAGAUGCUGUUGCUCUACUUCGGUCAGCUGAAGGCCUGGUGUACCUCGUAGUGUCAAGCAGGGAAGGAGCAGAAGAAGAUGUUCUUCAUUAUCCAUCUACAAGUUUGCCAGACCUAAUUAGCACUUGUUCUGCUCAGGAUACGGCCACCUGGAUUGACAAUAAGGAGAAUGAAGCCCCGGAAGAAGAGGAUGGAAAGGCCCCAGAGUCUGGAGUCCUGGAACCUAUGACACACCUGACCAAUGCGGACAGGUCUUCAGAUCCUGCAGAAGAAGAGAGCUCCAAAGAGAACUGUCAGAGCCCAACUCAUGGAGGUGGUAUUUUGAAGUACAGGAGCCGAUCUCAAGGGGCGGCAACGCGUUUAGAGUCUGUGGGAGAGGAUGAUGAGUUGACGGUGGAAAAUGGAGACCUGAAUUAUGAAAUACCAAUGAAAUAUUCCCGGGGAGGCAGAAAGCAUUCCUUGCCACAGCAUUUGGACACAGGAAGCAGACAGGAAUACCACAUUGUUAAGAAAUCCACUCGUUCACUGAGUGCAGCACAGGUUGAGUACCCCUGGCGACUGACGCAGCCAUCUAUUAUUUCCAACAUUGUUCUGAUGAAGGGGCAGGGCAAGGGUCUUGGAUUCAGCAUUGUGGGGGGACAAGAUUCCGCCAGGGGUCGUAUGGGCAUUUUUGUCAAGACAAUUUUUCCAAAUGGGGCUGCAGCAGCUGAUGGCAGAUUAAAAGAAGGAGAUGAACUUCUGGAAGUUAAUGGAGAAUCAUUACAAGGGCUGACUCAUCAGGAAGCAAUUCAAACCUUCAAACAACUGAAGAAAGGUGUGGUGACUCUCACAGUGCGAACCAGACUUCGCAGCCCAAGCCUUACGCCAUGCCCAACUCCCAUAUUACUGAGCCGGUCCAGUUCUCCCAGCUCCAAUGCCAGUGGAGGUGCCUCAUUUCCCAGUGGUGAAGAUGGAGAUGCUUCCUCUUCUAGUCGCAAAGGACCUGGACCAAAGGACAGAAUCGUCAUGGAAGUCACUCUAAAUAAAGAACCCGGGGUUGGCUUGGGCAUUGGUGCUUGUUGCCUCACCUUGGAGAACAGCCUUCCGGGUAUAUAUAUUCACAGCUUGGCUCCAGGAUCUGUGGCUAAAAUGGAUGGAAGAUUAAGCCGUGGGGAUCAGAUCCUGGAAGCAGAUUCAGUCAGUUUGCGUCAUGCAGCGCUGAGUGAAGCUUACGCCAUCUUGAGUGAAUGUGGACCCGGCCCGGUUAGCCUUAUUGUUAGCCGACAUCCGAACCCAAAGGUUUCUGAACAGGAGAUGGAUGAAGCCAUAACACGAACCACCCACAGAGAAAACAAGGACGUCCCUUCUCCUCAUUCCUCAGGAAACCUGCCAAAAAGUCCAUCUCCAAGCGUGAAGUCUAAACCGACUGAAGCCUCCUCGCCCUUGAGCUGGACAAUGAAGCGUUUCUUGGAGCCAGCGAGUCGGCAGAGCUCCCUCAAUUCUGAAACAGAGCUCUCCCAAUACUUCUUACAAGAUGGGGCGAGCCAAUUGUCACUCUCGGAGACUACCGUGACUGGAUCCAGUGAUGAAGAGCAGUUUCGGCCCAAGAGUCGGAGCAGUUCCCUAGAGAGUCUUCUUUCUUCUGGCAUUCCAGCUACCAAAGAAUCCAGCCUGUGGAGUUCCCCGGCUACCGGCAAUAGCUCGCCGGUCUCUCAGCAGCCAAGGGAGACAGCUGCUCGGCACGUUAGUUUCAGCGACAGCCCCAAAGGGGCCCAGUCGCUUUCCCGGCAGAGAAGGAUUGCUUUUUACGAUGGAGAUGUGAGCGGAGAUGACUUGCCAAACAAGAUGGAGACUCAUUCCAAAGAGGGUCGAUGGUCGAAAGGUCAAAGGAAAGGAGACCAUGACUGGAAUGUUCCCCUGCGGUUCCUUCGGUGCAAAAUGGAGAUCCCGCCAGAGAGAGAAUCUGUGACAAAUACCUGCAGUGACUUAGCCGCUACAAGCCUAGAUCGACAGAGAGCUCGGGAGCAUCCAGCAGACUCCCUUUUCUUCCAGCUAAAGAGCUUCAUCAUCGUUCCGGAGCUUCAUCCCGGCUACUUGAAUGUUAAAGACUUUCGAAGGAACCUAGAAACGAAGAGGUCUCCUAACUGGAAUCGAAGCAGUUCACCCGAGUGAAAAGCCUGAAUGAGUAUUGAAUACCACGGAGUCCCAAGGCCCAAGAAAUAGGAGCAUGGUGCCUGCGGCAGAGCCGGUGGGAAGGUCCUCCCAUCCAUCCAGAAGAAUGAACCUCAGGAGAUUCCCCUGGAGCACAGCCCUGUGGAAUCCAUUACUUUAUGCCGGGAUGAACACGAGUCCUUUGGCCUGGAUCUCGAAAUUCAUGCCAACCCUUUGCGCAUCGUCAUAACAGGCUUGCAACCAGGUGGAGCAGCUGAUAGGAUUUACAAAUCUCUUUGUGUCUUCAGAGGCCAUGAGGCAGUUCCGAAAGAAUCAAGCAAUGUUGUUAUAAUCAAAGAAGAAGACAGCUUUGCAUAUGAGAAAGAAUCUUUGGAAUCUCCUCUGGGUUGUAUGGCAGAAAGGAGAGGAUUGGCGUCUGAUGCUAAUGCUAAUACAGCAGAUCUUGCAGAAAUUCACUCUAUUCAGGACCCUUCUGUGGUGCUAUUAGGAGAGAUGGAUGACUUCUCUGGCCAAAGGAAUUUCCCAGAAGAAAAAGAUGGUGACUGUUUAUUAAUCAAGGACAGACCCACCAAGGAAAAUAGUUUUGAGAUGGCAGAAGAAGCUCCAAUUAAAAAUGAUCUUGUAGAAAGAGCUGUGAGUUCUGUUACCAAUACACAAGAGACCUUCGGCUUUUCUGUCCUGGAUUCCAUUAAUGCAAGGAAAAUUUUAACUGUAAACCAAAGCUGUCUCAGUACCUAUUCAAGGAAUUUUAGCAGCCUUAGUGAUGACCAUUUGCCCGAAAUGGAAACUAAGAGCAACACUAUUCCAAAAUCUAUGUACGCUGCUGCAGAAGAUUCCAGCUCAGACACAGAAUCCUUAGCCGAGAAUCCCGGAGACAGUUCACUCUUACUAUCUAUUGAUAAUCCCUUGGCAACCCACAAACUGGUUGAAUCAGAUGAAGAGCAAAUAGAAAUCUGCAGUCUGAAUUAUGACCAACAUUGUGUUCAAAAACAGUCUCCCAUACAAACAUCCCAUCGUCCACCAAUUUACCAUUCUUUGAACAACGGUUUGCAGGCAGAAAGCAAAGCAGAAAUAGAUUCACUGGAAACAUCGAAUGGAAAAUUAAAAUUAGAAAAAUCGCACGUAUCGAAAAACUCCAGUUUAGAACAUACAGUUCCAUCAACAGCUUUUCAAAGUUCUCCAGAUGUUUCUUCACAAGCGGUAGAUGGUUUGGCUCAAGACGGGCCGGUCUGCUCUUCCAUUGAGGAGUUGCUGUUCAAGGGGGUCUCGUCUGCUCACAAUUUACUAGGAAAAAAGGAAAAAGCAAACACUAUUAUCGAAACCCUCAAUGCCAAAAACACUGAAUUCCGUCCUGCAAAGGGUUUUAGUAGUACAUACAGUCCCCUCUCUUCCCCGAAGUUACAACAUAAGCGAAAGGCGGGCCACCAAGAGGUACGGUGGAAACUCUUGUCAAAUAACCAACAAAACAAAGCAGGGCAUAAAGGAAAGCCCCAUAUUAAGAACAAAGCCAGGGCUCAUUCGAUGCUCUGGCCCUGCUGCUGCAAAGCUGAGGGCACGGAUCAAAAAAAGAUCGCCCUCCCUGCCCGGUCACCCAGGCUCCUUUCAAAGAAAGGUUCCUCACUCCAUAACUUAGCCACACACCUGGAACCCCCCAGCAGGAGCCUCUCUAUGGGUUCUAAGAUAUUCAAGCAGCAGGAGGAAGUUCAGCCUGCUUGGCUGGAGCCCCAGACAUCCGCUCUGCCCGUGUUGAACGGUGGCAGCGUUUUGAAAAAUAAAGAUAAAUCCACCGUCAACCAAAAAUUGGGCAGGGCCGGAAUAUCAUGAUCUCCUAAAAUGGAAAAAGAAGCACAGGUCAACAAGUGGGAAUCACGAACAGCGAAAAAAGGGGAAGGGCUGGCAUAGAACCAAGAAACAGCCCUCCUAAGUCAAAUACGCCUUCUUUCUGAAGCCGCCCCCAAGGCUUGUUGUCCGAACGACAGAACCGAAAACAAGGGGAAUUUGAACUAUGAUGGAUUGGAAAUGAAGCCAUUAAAACCUGAUAAUGCUGGGCUUUUUAAAAAAGAAUCCCUGCCUUAUUUAUCCCCCUGCUCGGCAAGAGCAGGCCAGCAGGAAAUUCAGCGCACUUUCAUUGAAGUAAGGUUAUCUUCUUCCUCCUUCGUUCCUGACUUGCCCCUAGAGAAGAAAGAAGAGGACAAUAAGGCCCAUCAACUCAGAAGCAAGGCGCUGGAUUGCCGGCAGAGCACUUUCCACAAGGAAGAUGCCCCCAGCGCAUUAAAACCCGUGACAAGGACCUAUUCGGUGCCAGCACAAUUAUCCAAUCAUUUAAGGGAAAAAAGCAAUGAUGAUAGGGAUGAACCAGCCCAUCAUGUCCAGGAUAUCUUAGGUAAUCUUUCGAGUGCAAACCCUUCCAAUGCAGAGUUGGCCAUGUUGAAAGUUGUCCAGCUAAGUCUCAACACAGAUGCGAAAGCCACCUCGGCUGGCGUCCUGAAAUCCAGCAGUGACAAUGGCAGCCCCGUUGCCCAAAAACUGAAAAAGGGCAGGAGGAACUAUUACUACUACGAACUCAAUUGGCCACACGAUCCCGUUUCUUCUUUUUCUGUAAAGCAGCGAAUCAAAUCAUUUGAGAACCUGGCUAAUUUCGAUAGGCCAAUGGUCAAAGCCAUCGACCUCCAUUCCACCACCCUGAACUCUAAACUGCCCAGCCGAAGAUUGUCCAGUGGCAUUUCUGCAGUUUCAGCUACCAGCGUGAAUGAUGCAGUCCAGGCCCUGCGACGGAGCUUGAGUUCCUACUGUGGAGGUGAAGCCCCAAUGUCUCCAAGGGUCACCAGAUCUUCAACCAGCUCGACAUUAACAAAUGUGCAACAGGAUUUCCCCAAGAGCAGCAAAGACGAUGGUCACAUGGAGAAGAGUGAAAGGCAAGCUUUGAAGAACCAAUUAGUUUACCACCACACCACCAAUGUCCGAAGAAGCAGAGCCUCAGGUGGACAUAGUAGACACAUGCCUUUGUCUCGUUCCAAACUCCGAGAGCUGAGAGCUCUGAGCAUGCCAGAUCUUGAUAAGCUCUGCAGUGAGGACUUCUCCAUGGAGUCUCAACCUUCGUCCAUCAAAACCGAGUUGCAUCUUCCGCCUGUUGUGAGAUCCCUCGAUGCUCCCAUUGAAACAUUUCAGCUGAAUGAAUCCUCUGGAUUAUCCAGUCCUGGGAUGACAAGCAGGCAACCUUCCAAAGAAACCAGUCCUUGGAAUAGUGGCUCGGGAACUCCUGGUUCAACCUCUGAUGAGGAAGGGCUACAGUAUGAUGGUGGUCUGAAUAAAGGGAAGAGCUGGUCUAUCAGCUUGGAUGAACUAUUGGUUUCCUCUCUGGAUCAGCAGAAAUUGCAGUCCGUUUUGUCUUCGGUGACAGCGAAAAGCGAUAUUUCUUCUUUACUUCAGGAAAUCAAGCACAAGCAGAGGAACAAAGAAGAUAUUUACUUUGUAGUCUUGAAUAAAGAGGAAGGUUCUGGCCUGGGAUUUAGCGUCGCAGGAGGAAUAGACCUGGAACAAAAAUCCAUCAUCGUCCAUCGGGUGUUUUCCAAAGGGGUGGCUUCCCAGGAGGGAAAAAUUCACCGUGGUGACCUCAUUCUUUCUAUCAAUGGCACUUGUUUGGCGGGUUCUGUCCAUGGAGAUGUCCUCAACGCACUCCAUCAGGCCAGACUCCAUAAAUACGCCAUCGUGGUCAUCAAGAAGGAGAAGACAGGAAGAAUGCCUCCUCGGAGCAAUGAAAUGCCUACUUCUGAUAGGCCAACUUUGGUGGCUGCAGCUACUGGAGGUGAAGCAGGUCCAGGCGGAGACCUGAAUGGGGCCAUUUGUGUUGAACUUUUGAAGACUUCUGCUGGCCUGGGUUUCAGCCUGGAUGGUGGGAAAGCUUCAAUAUCUGGAGACAGGCCGUUGCUCAUCAAAAGAAUUUUUAAAGGUGGUGCUGCUGAACAAGCUGGAAAACUGGAAGCGGGUGAUGAAAUUCUUGCCAUCGGAGGAAAAUCCUUGCUCGGACUCAUGCACUACGAUGCGUGGAACAUCAUCAAGUCUGUCCCAGAGGGGCCCAUCCACCUGCUGAUCAGGAAGCAUCGGCCGGAAUGACGGAACCUGACCCCUGAAUUCCCGCUUCCCUUUUGAGCACAAUCUUUACCAGUUUUGUUUGCCAGGAGCCGGAAUGGUGGCAUCUGGGAUGUUAUUCUCCUAGGUCAGAAUGGUUUAAUCAGCCGAGAAACACCGAGAUACGUUGGCAAGACUGGUGUCGAGCGUCAAUAUGGUCAGGCAGCUACCCCACGUUUGGGCCUCCUUAGAGGUCCUAUGAGCACAGUUUGGCUCUCUGAAUUGCAAUUGACUUGUUCACGGAGAAAAG